GUGCAGGAGACGAGGAGAUCCACAGUUGUUAUGUAAUAAAGUCUGUCCGUGUUUGGAAUGGCAAGUCUGCAAGGCACAAGUGGAGGCUGCAAUAUUUUGGGGCCAGACACAUUGUCACAAGGUGGCCAGAGGCAAAACCUCGAACUGAACGAUGGCACAGCCUGUCCUGCUUUUCCGGAGCCCAGUUCCGGACACACAUUCCAAGGCGCCUCAGGAUCAGGAAAAUGCCAGGAGGAACAUCAGUACAACGUUGAUAAAGAUGAGAAACAGCAAAAUGACAAAGACAACCACACGUUGGGUCUCGGGAUUCAUGUUGCAUCGGAGGAUAGUAUGAAGCGUGCUCAAUUUUUGCUUGGCUCGAUCCGAUCCCUUAGCCAUGUCUUGGCCUGAGCAAGCAGGUCUCCGUGAGAAAACGCUGAAUGAUCUCUUUAGCUGCACAAUCUGCACACAAUAGAGUUGUCCUGCAGCUGUCAGAAAGAGAAAGCUAUCUGCUUUGCAUAGUCUUCACCGAGGCACUGCACAUGUGCCACGACCAUUACCUUUUAUUCCUAGGAUCAGCAGAUAACACCAGAGAUUUAUAUCCCUUAAGAGCUAUGCAGCAAGGAAUCAGCAAUCCAUAGAUGCUUUAUAGCCUUAGCAGGAUGAUGGAGGCAUUUAAUUCCCCUUACGAGAAAAGCCUUGCAUUCUGUAACAGCAGUAGUUGCUGAGAUAUUGGCUUUUUCAUCAGCCAAUCAGGUGUUUGCAGACUGUGGUAUCUAGGAUACACGCCGUCUUAUAAGGACAAAAAGAAAAGGGGGUUUUGUUUGACACAUUUACA